AAAAAAAAAAAAAUAGAAAAAGAAAAAAAUAAGAAGAAAGCGAUCCGAACCACAGAAGUGUACUAAUGUGCAUUUUUGUACGAGUAGGAGUCGUCUAAUAGAAAGGCCACACACAAGACCGAACCUCCUUAACCCUCUAAAACCCCUACAAGGCUACAAGUUUACAUUUUCUCUACAGACUACAGUGUUCUUCACCUUCACCAUAAUCACCAAUCACCCAAGAGAGAGAAUUACAGAUUUCAAAAUUACCAAUUUUCCAAAUUGUUGAGCUUUCUCUACAUCUAUUUUGGAUUCGGAGUUCAAUUUCCACAUUUUGGUUCAUAAAAACAUCAACCAAUUUGUUUUUAUUACUCGUAUUUCCAGGAGAUGGCCGCUAAUUUCAAUGUGAAUCAACAAUUCCUUGAACAACUUAAGGAUGCCGGUAAUAGGCUUCUGCUGCCCCCUUCUUCCACGCCUGAACUCUUACUCUUACUUGAUGAGGUGGUGUUACUCCUGUCCAAAAUUGGGCAGGUACCUUCACACCAAGUACAAGAUGCACUCUUGUAUAUCAUGAAGGCCUUAAUUGCAGACAGUCUUAUGCGGAAUCCAGAUGCUGAUGUCUUGAUUACUGUUACUGCUUGUCUCAAUGAAAUCUUGCGGAUAUCAGCUCCAGUUGCUCCAUACGAUGACGAAAAGAUGAAAGAAAUUUUCGAGCUGAUAGUCCUGUCGUUUGACAAGUUAUCCUGUCCGCCUGGCCGUUGUUAUUCUAAGGCCGUUCUGAUUCUUGAAAGUGUUGCUAGGCUCAGGUCUUGUGUAAUGAUGUUGGACCUUGAUUGUGAUUCACUCAUCACUAAGAUGUUUGAGCUGUUCCAGAAACACAUCAGCUCCAAUCAUCCUCAUUCUGUGUUCCUGGCUAUGGAGAGGAUCAUGACUGUCAUGAUAACAGAAAGUGAUUCCCUUUCAGUGGAGCUUCUUAAGGUCCUAUUAGAAAGCAUCAGGAAGGAAAACCAAAAUGCUUCACCUGAAUCAUUUAAAUUGGGUGCCAAAGUUGUUGAAGAAUGUUUGGAGAAGCUCAAACCAUAUGUUGUGGAAGCAGUAACGUCGACGGGUUGCUGCCUAGAGGAUUAUGCUCCCAUUCUUUCUUCGAUUUGUGAAACUGAGCCAAUUGACGUGAAGGAUCCUGUUCAUCAUUCUGCAAAGCAUCUGGUAGAAUGUGAACCCACUGGCGAUGAGCUCCAUUCUGCGGAACAUGUGCAGCCUUUGAAGGUAAUAGAACGUUGCAGUCAGAAUGCAGGAACUACUGGCGAUGAGCGUCACAGUCAGAAUCCAGGAACUACUGACGAUGAUCGUUGCUGUCAGAAUCCAGAAGCUGCAUCCAAAGGGGAAGGAAAGCUCAACUCCCAUAAUCCUGAUGAAAAGGAUGUGAGCUUGACAGGCCAAGGGAAAAUAUCUCGUGGAAGCCCUCGUGAUCAUGUGAAGCGAAGUUCUGAAGCACCAAGAAGUAAGAAAGUGGUUCCUAAAAUGGAGGACAAGCCUUCCAAAAGGGAUACAGAACAAGCUGCUGGUCUUGACAAUAAGAGGGUUUAUCAGGCAACUCCACUUGGUGGUAGCAGUGAUAAGAAGGGGAAGCCACAAAAGAAGGAUAUUAGUGGGGGGUCUAGGAAGAAGAGCACAACAUCCAUGUCAAGGAAGGAUCGAACCCAGACAAAUGAUGCCUUCACGUCCCAGAGGAAGAGGGCAUCUUCAGAUGACGAUGUUUUUGAGACUCCCCAUGGGAGAAAAAAUUACAAAGAGGAUUUGAUUGGCUGUAAAAUCAAGGUUUGGUGGCCACUCGACCGCAGUUAUUAUGAAGGCACUAUCUCAUCUUUUGAUGCUUCUACAAAAAAGCAUAAGGUUGAGUAUGAUGAUGGAGAUGAGGAGGUUUUAAAUCUGAGAACUGAACAAUGGGAAUUCUUAGGCGAUGAAAUUUCAACUGAUAUUGAUUUAUUUGUUGACAUGAAAUCUCCUCAUUCACGCCCAAUUAUGACAAAACGAGAAGCACCAACAGUGUGCGAGAAGGAAAUCUCUCAGACCAACACUAAAAAGAGGGAAGCAAUGCCUGACUAUGAGACUGAAGCUGACGAUGGAAGCCAUGAAGCUGCCAGAAUUGUAGAGAAAGAGAAGACGCCAGAGGGUUUGAGUGAGACGAAAAGACCAAAAUUAUCCGAUGGACAGAAGUCUUGACUUUUUGCUGUUAAAGUCUUCUUCCUGCUCGGAUCUGAUCUAGUGGAGAAAUUUAAGUAAGAGGACAUUUUUUACCAGGUUGCUGAUCGUGCUAAUCUUAUGACUACUUAUCGGAGGUUGGAGGCCAUACAAGUGUAAUGAUUUUGUUAGCUAGAGAAUGUUCCAGGGGUUUGGUUAGAAAUUAGAUGGAUUACCUGAGUAUGUAAUGUAUAGGUUCUAUACGGGAUUUUCUUGAAAAGGGCAACUGUAAUUAAUUAAGCAGCUCGAAGGCCCAUUUCUGUACACAUCAUACAAGAUAUGCAAUUUAAGUCAGUGUUGAUUGAA